AUGAACCCUAGAAAUCCCUAUUACCUCCAUCCUGGUGAGAAUCUUGGAGCUACCAUUGUUGCUCCUCCACUCGACGACAACAACUACCACAAUUGGAGCAAAUCAAUGAAACGAGCUCUCACAUCAAAGAACAAAGUCUCUUUUAUCAAUGGAACGCUUCCCAAACCCUCUGAAUCGGACAAGAACUAUGAGCUCUGGGAUCGUGCCAACAGCAUAAUGCUAUCUUGGAUCAAUCGCACUCUCUCACCACACAUCGCACAUAGCACGAUUUGUUUCGACUCUGCCUUUAAUCUCUGGGAGGACCUUCGCGAAAGAUUCACAAAAGGUAAUCAUUUUAGGUUUUCAGAUCUUCUGCGCAAAAUUCACUCCAUUCAACAGGACGAUCAUUCUUUAUCAACAUACGUCACGGAUUUGAAGAUUUUAUGGGAUGAAUUGGAGGAUUUGUGUCUUACUCCUUCUUGUUCCUGCCCUACUCCUUGUACAUGUGGGUUAUCCAAAGCGGUUCGCAAUUUCAAGCAGAUGGAAUAUAUCACCUACUUCUUGAAGGGAUUGAACGACAACUAUCAAAGCAUUCGCACACAAAUCCUUAUCCUUGACCCCCUUCCUCCUAUCAGCCGUGUCUAUUCAUUAAUUGCUCAGCAACAGAUCCCUCCCGCAUCCAAUUCAACUAUCCUUUAUGCUAACAACAACAACUCCAAAGGCAGAGGUCAUGGAUCAGGCAAGAAUUCAAUGGUCUGCACCAAUUGCAGUAAAACUAACCAUACCAUUGAAACAUGUUACUUCAAACAUGGAUUUCCCCCAGGAUAUCUCAAUAAGAACCCUAAGAGCACCACUGAGCAGAAAACACAGGUUAAUUCAGACACACUAUAG